UACUAGGAGGCGCCAAGAGAGCAAUUUCGGCACAAUCCGGUGAUCCUUUGGGAAGUGGCCAGAAGGAUUCGUUCUGAUGGAGGUUGCUUGUCCGAUCGACGCCCGCUUUCCUGACGAAAUCUCAUCUCUUCUGAAACCGCUACCGCCUCGCCAAGUUCAGGAAUACUUCGAUCACCUUGUGAAAGCUAGAGAAUGCAGGGGACUCGUGGUAAAGCAAGACGGCCAGCAUGGGAAGGGCGUCUAUGCUGAUGUGGACUUCAAAGAAGGGGGCCUAGUUCUGAAAGACCAAAUGCUUGCUGGGGCUCAACACUUUGCAAAUAAGUUUGAUUGUUUAGUGUGUGGAUUCUGUUUCCGCUUUAUUGGCUCCAUAGAGCUUCAGAUUGGGAGGAAACUCUGUUUUCAAGAUUUGGGUGUGUCUGCAAAUAAUGAAUGUGAUGGGCAGACAUUUUUGCACAUGCCAGAAGAGAAACAUAAAGUGGAUUCAUCCAAUGGUGAGGAUGAUCUUUACAAAGAAGAUUCCAGAGGUUUGGGUGAAUGUGCUUCCAGCAGUUCUAAGUAUCAAACUCCUCUUUCUGAGGGUGUUGCACAAUCGUUGAUGAAUGGUGAAUUGGUUUUGCCUUAUUCGGAUAAGUUCCCAUUACCUGAAGUUAUUUUCUGUCCAGGUGGAUGUAGAGAAGCUUUCUACUGCAGCAAAUUUUGUGCGGAUGCUGAUUGGGAUAUGUUUCAUUCUUUGCUUUGUGUGGGCUCAAAUUCAAAAUCAUCAAAUAAGGGGGCACUUCAAAAGUUUAUGCGACAUGCUAAUGAGACAAAUGACAUUUUCCUCCUUGCUGCCAAGGUAGUUGCUUUCGUCAUUUUAAGGUACAAGAAGUUGAAAGCAGCUGAUCUUGACAAGCAAGAGAAGUGCACAGGCAGCUGUGACCUUUCUCUGCUUUUGGAGGCCUGGAAACCUGUAGCAAUGGGAUACAAGAGAAGAUGGUGGGAGUGCAUUGCUCUGCCAGAUGACAUUGAUUGUUGUGAUGAAUCAGAAUUUAGAAUGCAAAUAAAAGAGCUGGCUUUCACGUCAUUGCAACUCUUAAAGGCUGCCAUCUUUGACGAGGAAUGUGAACCAUUAUUUUCCCUCGAGAUCUAUGGGCAUAUCAUUGGAAUGUUUGAGCUAAAUAAUCUUGAUUUGGUUGUAGCAUCUCCAGUGGAGGAUUAUUUUCUGUACAUUGAUGAUCUUCAACGCUCUGAAAAGAAACAGGCUGAAAGAAUAACAGGGCCUCUUCUGGACGCUCUAGGUCAUGACUAUUCAGUUCAUUGUGAAGGCACUGCAUUCUUCCCUCUUCAGAGUUGUAUGAACCACUCCUGUGAUCCCAAUGUGAAAGCCUUCAAAAGGGAUGAGGACCGGGAUGGCCAAGCAACAAUAAUUGCUCUCCGACCUAUUAGCAAGGGAGAGGAAGUAACGAUAUCAUAUAUAGACGAGGACCUUCCUUUUGAAGACCGACAAACAUUGCUAGCAGAUUAUGGUUUCAGAUGCAGGUGUCCCAAAUGCUUAAGAGAAGGGCCACACGAAACAUGAUACAACUCAGAGACGAGGCACUGAGCCGUCUGAUAUUUAUCCACUGCUGAAUAUUGCCGUUUCAUUUUGAAGUCUUGUCUGUUGAGAGUGGUUUUCAUUAAUGUUAAUGUAUCAAAAAGUUUUGAGUGGGAAGAUUUUGGUCACUUUGAGUUUGAGCUAUUUUUGUUUUAUUUAUUUCACGAGCCAGUCCAAAAUUGUAUUUGAUAUGUCGAAGUCUAGUAGUUCAGUUGUCCCCCGUUUCUGGUAAGCACAUAUACAAAUCAAGGCAAACUUGGCUCUUGAAAUUUUUUAUUUUUUUAACAUUUCCAUCUAAAAGAAUUAAAAAAAAAUGCCACCCACCUUAAAUUAUUUUCCAAACUACCACUAUUUGGGUGGGUCGCUGACUGACCCAUCAGCCAAUCAACCCACUCAUUGGCCGAUCGACUGACAGGUCAAUGCCGAUUGACCCAUCAUCUCUCUCGCUGGCGACCUCCUCUGUUUCCUCCCUCCCUCACCAGCAACCCAUCUCUCCCUUGCGGUGAUUUACUGACAGUUUACAUGUAUUUCACACAUAUUUAAAAGAUGGAUGUGUUAUUAUAACAAAAUUAAAAGUUGAAAGACACGAUAAAUCCAUUUUAAGUUAGGAGACCAAAUGAUUAUAAGAGAAGAAUUAGAGUGCAUACUUGUCUUAUGUCAAAAAAAAAAAAAAAAGAAAAGGAAAA